AUGUCUUCUUGUGGGCAGACUCAUGAUCAAAGCUUUGUAGUCACAGUCACUGCAGAUGGGGAUGAUGAUGCUGCUAUUACUGCAUUGCUGCAAGGAGAUGAUCCACCUGCUACUAAUGGCAAAUGGGGUAGGUGUAUUUCUGCUAGGGAGUAUUAUGCCUAUCGUUUCCAGAUACGGAUUGGCAAUUAUCUGUUAAGAGCAGGACGACUGUUUUUGCAAUUCAUUGUGGACAUGUAUGUGAAGAUUGAAAAUACGCGCUUGGAUUUUUUCCGGAAAAACCAAAAGAAAAAUAAGGGCCGAAUUAUAUCAAGGGAUUUGAGCAGGAGGUACCUUAAUGCAAUUACUCUUGUGCAAAGGUUUGGCAAGCCUGACCUCUUCGUGACUAUGACUUGCAAUCCCAACUGGCCAGAAAUCAAAGCAGAAAUUGCUCCUGGUGAAAAGGCUCAAGACCGACCUGAUUUAGUUGCGCGUGUUUUCAGGGAAAAACUUAUUGCACUGAAAAAGAAGAUUACAGAUGAAUUUGUCUUUGGUGAAGUGGCAACUUUCAUUUAUGUUGUGGAGUUUCAGAAGCGUGGCCUUCCACAUGUUUAUAUGCUGAUUAUACUGAAACAAGGGUAUAAAAUCAAGGAACCGGCCUUGUAUGAUAAGUUUACUUGUGCUGAGAUACCUAGCAAUGACAACCCUCACUUGCGUAAAAUUGUUCUUCGCCAUAUGAUGCAUGGCCCUUGUGGUAAGGACGACCCUAGCUGCCCCUGCAUGAACAAGAAAGGGUCCGAAGGAAAGUGUAAAUAUGGUUACCCAAAAGCAUACAACGACACAACCACCAACAAUGAUAGCGGUUACCCUGCUUACUGCAGGCACUUUACUGGUGAGUCUACUCGAAUUAGGGGGAGAAGGCUAGACAACCAAUGGGUGAUCCCCUACAAUCCUUACUUGUCAGCGCUCUUUGAUUGCCAUCUUAAUGUGGAGAUUUGCUCCACAAUUCAAGCUGUGAAGUAUUUGUAUAAAUAUGUCUACAAAGGGCAUGAUAUAUGUUCUUUCACUGUAACAGAAACAGGUGUGAGGCAACCUGUUGAUGAGAUUAAACAAUUUCAGUCAAGCCGUUGGGUCUCUCCUUGUGAAGCUGCUUGGAGGAUCUUUUCAUUUGAUCUUUAUGAGAUGAGUUCGCCUGUACUGUUGCUGCAGGUGCACUUGCCAAACCAGCAUUCUGUUAGGUUUAAUGCUACCGAUCAACUAGAGGAUGUAGUUGCUGAUAGUAAAAGGGCCAGAACGUCGUUAACUGAGUUUUUCAAAAUGAAUGCUGCAUUUCUAGGCAAGCCAAAAUAUCUAUUAGCCUUUGUUUCUCCAUCUGAAGGGGGGAGAUAUUUUCUCCGUCUUCUCUUAACGCAUGUAAGAGGUCCCACAUCAUUUGAAGACCUGCGUACUGUUAAUGGGUUUCUAUGUGCUACAUUCCAAGAGGCUGCUGUUAAGUUGGGUCUGCUUAGUGAAGAUGAUGAUGUGGAAAAGUGUAUGGAUGAAGCUGCUACUGCACAAAUGCCACGGGCACUGCGAAGGCUAUUUGCAACACUGCUUAUUUUCGGUAAUCCACGUGAUCCUUUAGCACUAUGGCAUAAAUACUACACCGCUCUUUGUGAAGACUAUAGCUAUUCAUUAAGAGGAGAGGAACAAAAAGUAAAAGCAAUAACAGUUCGGGAAGUGGAGCGAUAUUUAGAAGAGAUGGGGCUUACCAGGACUAAAGAUAUUGUAGAUGCAUUAAACGCACCUAUACCUAAUGAAUAUGUUGAAGAAAUUGCUACAUUAAACAGCAAGCAACGUGAGGCUUUCACUGCAAUUAUGAGCAAGGUCAACAGUGAAGAACCGGGAGCCUUUUUUAUUGAUGGUCCUGGGGGCAGGGGUAAAACUUACCUUUACUGUGCUCUCUAUGCUGCCAUUAGACAGUUGGGCAAGAUAGUGCUUCCUACAGCAACAUAA